AUGGCGCCUAGGGUUUCACUCCUGCUCUUCAUUCUUUCUUCUCUCCUCCUCCCUUUCCUUUCUCAGGCAACUUCUUCAAGCCCCUCUCGCGUCGGGCCUUUCAGGCAUCUGGAGAGCUUUGGGUCUUUCAAGCAUCUGGAGGGGUCUAAAAAGGGCGACAAAACGGAAGGCAUCCAGAUGGUGAAGAAGUACCUUGAACAUUACGGCUACUUGAGCUCUACCCAUUAUUCCCAAAUGGAUAGUGAUGAUUUCGAUGAUACCUUGGAAUCUUCCCUCAAAGCCUUUCAGACCUUUUACCAUCUCAAGCCCACUGGAAGCUUAGACGCCCCAACAGCCACCCUGAUGUCCAAGCCUCGAUGCGGGGUCCCGGACCACCCCACAAGCUCAAACAGUAUUAACCCCCAGUAUACUAUCGACCCAGGGAGCGUGAAAUGGCCCCGCGAUCAGAUGCAUAUCCACUAUAUCAUCUUCCCAGACUCCCACCCAGAGGAGCCAAUCACAAGGGGUUUUCAAGCAUGGACCACUGUUUCAAACUUCACCUUCGAGAGGGUUCGAGAGGAAUCAUUUGCUAAAAUCCGAGUUUAUUUCCAAGUGAGGGAUAAGGGAACUGCACCACCCCUUGAUGGGCCUGGAGGAAUCUUGGCUUACGCCGGUCCAUCAUUAACUAAUGCAACCAUCCAUUUCGAUGGAGAAGAGAAUUGGGUGGAAGGUGCAGUUGCUGAUUCUUUUGAUUUGCAGACUAUUGCUACCCACGAAGUAGGUCAUCUUCUAGGACUUGGGCACAGUCGAGUGGUGAAAGCCAACAUGUAUGCUUAUACGGGUACUGCAGAGACGAAACCUUUGAUUCAGGAUGAUAUCGAUGGCAUUAGAGCUAAAUACAGCACUUGAUGAUCAAUCGGCUGUCAACUUCUUUGUAUGCUAU